AUGGACGCGCCGCCGCCUCCGCAGCCCCAUCCGCAGCGCGCCCCAUCACCGCCGCCCCCGCCCCAGCCGCCCGCGCCGUCCAGGAGGUACGGCGUGCACUUCUCGGCGUCCAGCUUCAUCCAGGCGCCGCUCACCGCGCUGCUCGAGUACUCCGGCAUCCUCCGUCCCGAUCCCGGUGGCGGAACCCAACAGCCGGGGACCGGGGCUGGGCCGGGCGAGGUGUCGAUCCGGAUUGUGGCGCCUGGCGAGGCGGGGACGUCCUCUGAGAGGGCCGAGGAGGCGAUCCUAGAGGAGGAGGAAGAGGAUGGACACGCAACGAGGACGCGACCGGAGGAACCGACACCUGCGGCUGGCGGUGGGGAGGGCGGCAGGGAAUCCUCGUCGUCGUACCAGCGGUACGACUUACAGCAGGUGGCAAGGUGGGUGGAGCAGAUACUGCCCUUCUCACUGCUGCUGCUCGUCGUCUUCAUCAGACAACAUCUGCAAGGUUUCUUCGUGACAAUUUGGAUUGCUGCAGUGAUGUUCAAGUCCAAUGAUAUCCUGCGUAAGCAGACUGCUCUGAAGAGGGAGAGAAAAAUUCCGGUUCUUGUCGGGAUUACAAUAUUAUUUGUUGUUCAUGUAUCUGGAUUUUAUUGGUGUUACAAGAAUGGGGACCUUAUAAGACCUCUCAUGAUGCUUCCUCCAAAAGAAAUACCACCAUUUUGGCAUGCAAUAUUCAUCAUCUUGGUGAAUGAUACAAUGGUGCGCCAAACUGCUAUGGUUGUUAAAUGUUUGCUGCUGAUGUACUAUAAGAACAGUAGAGGCCGUAGCUAUCGUAGGCAGGGUCAAAUGUUGACGAUUGUGGAAUAUUUUCUACUUUUGUACCGUGCAUUAUUGCCUACACCUGUGUGGUACCGUUUUUUCCUGAACAAGGAGUAUGGAAGCCUAUUUUCAUCUCUAACCACUGGCUUGUAUCUCACUUUCAAGUUGACAUCAGUUGUGGAAAAGGUUCAAUCAUUUUUGACGGCAUUGAGAGCAUUAUCUCAUAAAGACUUCCAUUAUGGUUCAUAUGCAACAAGUGAGCAGGUGGUUGCUGCUGGAGAUUUGUGUGCGAUAUGCCAAGAAAAGAUGCAUGUCCCCAUCCUUUUGCGCUGCAAACACAUCUUUUGUGAAGAUUGUGUAUCCGAAUGGUUUGAGAGGGAGCGAACAUGCCCACUGUGCAGGGCCUUGGUGAAGCCAGCAGACCUCCGGUCAUUCAGUGACGGUUCAACAAGCCUCUUCUUCCAGCUAUUCUAA